UGACAGCGGUGACCCACCUUUGUUUAUGUGUCUUAAAUGGGGGCUUAUUCCGGCCAAAAUCGAGCGCUUUGAAUGAAAUCAUGUCAGAUUCGGAUCCCAUUAAGUUUAUAACUGAUUUUAAUAAAAUUUGCCGAACGUGUCUUUCAGAAAAAAGUAAAGAAGAUUUGUGUUCUGUCUUUGACAAUUCUCUUGAUGUUAUUCUUACAAAUUUAGCGGAAAUAAACGUUAGAAGAGACGACGGUUUGCCCGGUUUUAUUUGCAACGACUGUAUUUUCACUUUAAAUUUAUUUAUCAGUUUUAAAGAGCAAUGUCAGAAAGCGGAGUCUCAAUUGAAGAAGGUUUUAUACACGGAGAUUUACGGCGAGUACAAGACUGUAACAGUAUUAGGCGAAAACAUUUCCACUAUCAUAGAAUUUAAGAAUGAAUCAGUGUUAGAAAAUCGUGAUAAAAUCAUAGCAGUGAGCAUAAAUGAGCCCCAAAUUCUGCAAAUCGAUAAUCAAGCCAAAGCAGACCCCAGCCCCCUGAAAUGCCCCAAAUGCGAGCGCACUUUCAAACUCGAAACGACUCUAAAAACCCAUUUAUUAAAACACGAAAAAAACGCCAAACUAAAAUGUGAAGUCUGCAAUAAAGAGUUUAACUUGAUUACUCAAUUCAAACAUCACGUGCGCACCCACACCAAUUACAAGCCCUUUUCUUGCUCAAAAUGCCCCAAAUCGUUUUCGUUAUCGUCAAGCUUGACGAAACACAUGCGAACACAUGGGGGCGAACGCAAACACUUGUGUAUCACCUGCGGGAAGCGCUUUUUCGAGCCGGGCCACCUUACCAUUCAUAUGAGAAUUCACACCGGGGAAAAACCGGUGAUUUGCAACAAGUGCGGGAAGAGGUUUACUGACCCACAUGGACUCAUAGCCCACAAUAAAAUCCACACCGGCGAGCGGAAAUACGAGUGUAACACUUGUGGGAAAAAAUUCGCACAUUCUUUUGUGCUUAAGGCGCAUAAAAGGGUCCACACCGGGGAAAAACCCUACGCGUGCACUAUGUGCAAAGCCGCCUUUGCCACGUCUUCGUAUCUGACUAUACAUAAAAGGACCCACACGCAAGAAAGGCCCUACAAGUGCGAGUGUUGCACUAAGGCUUUCAUCAGUCGGUGUGCCCUAGUGGCCCACAUGAGGACCCACACAGGAGAGAAAAAAUUCCAGUGUUCGGUUUGUGGUAAACGCACAGGGCGAGCCGCUGACUUGCAGAUACAUAUGAGGUCACACACGGGGGAAAAACCCUACAGUUGUGACUUGUGUCCGAAAAAAUACCACACUUCGAGUAACUUAGCGGCGCAUAAAAGGACACAUUUGGGGGUCAAAGACCACUUUUGUGUCGUUUGUAGCAAGGCUUUUGGCGACUUGAGGACUCUGAAGUGCCACAUGAGGAUUCACACGGGGGAAAGACCGUACAUUUGCGGGAUUUGCGGCAAUAGCUACACUCAGUCGGGGCAAUUGGCCGCACACAGGCGCACCCAUGAUGUCUUUAUCGAUGUUAAUACUGCUACAUAAAAUAAAUGACGAA